AAGAUGACUACCGGUUUCCAGCUUGGCGUGAUCGGGUCUCUCGCGCUCUCUGUGGCAUCGUCUGUCGCCAUUGUCAUCUGCAACAAAGCCCUCAUCAGCACCCUUGGCUUCCCAUUCGCUACAACAUUAACAAGCUGGCAUCUCAUGGUGACCUUCUGCACCCUCUAUGUGGCACAGCGCAUGCGCUUCUUCGAACCCAAGGCGAUCGAUGGACACACGGUGGUACUAUUCGGGCUGCUGAAUGGUACCUCGAUUGGCCUUCUCAACCUUAGUUUAGGGUUCAACUCCAUUGGAUUCUACCAGAUGACAAAGCUGGCCAUCAUACCUUUCACAGUACUGUUGGAGACAAUCUUCCUAAAGAAAAGAUUCAGUGAGAGUAUCAAGUUUUCUCUGCUGGUUUUGCUGCUUGGAGUUGCCAUUGCUUCUGUCACUGACCUCAAGCUAAAUCUUCUUGGGUCGAUUCUUUCUGGCCUCGCCAUCGCCACUACUUGUGUUGGCCAAAUUCUCACAAAUACAAUACAGAGAAAGUUGAAAGUCACCUCAACGCAGCUUCUGUACCAAUCUGCACCUUACCAAGCAGCAAUUUUGUUUGCAACUGGCCCCUUCGUGGAUCAACUCCUUACUAACCGCAGCGUCUUUGCCCACCAAUACACUGCUCCAGUUGUGGGCUUCAUUAUUAUGUCUUGUCUGAUUGCGGUGUCCGUGAACUUCAGUACAUUCCUUGUGAUAGGCACAACAUCGCCCGUGACAUACCAGGUUCUUGGGCACCUUAAAACAUGCCUGGUUCUAUCAUUCGGCUACACCUUGUUGCACGAUCCCUUCACCAUGAGGAACAUAUUGGGCAUUCUCGUGGCCAUAUUCGGGAUGGCACUCUACUCCUGCUUCUCGGUGAUGGAGAGCAAGAAAAAGUCAGCAAUUGAAUCACUUCCAGUGUUGUCACAGAAGCCUGAGAAGGAGACUGAGCCACUCUUGGAAACCAAAGACGACAGCGAUAUCAAGAAGGCAAAUGGCGUAACCCAUGAGUACUAAGCAUCUUGUCUUGUUUAGCCUAGCCCAGCUCUACCAUCAGUACAUAUGCACAGUGUACGUUGCACGCCUACU